GUAAAGCAAUCAUUUCUGAUUUUUCGUCUGAAAUUACUUCUCAUAACAGCCAUUUUGUAAAAUAUGGAACGAGCGAAAAUGCGCUUCAUCGAAUUUAAAAACAAAUUAAACAGUUCAUGAUUACCUAUCAACCUUCAGUAAUUGUUAUUUGAGUCAUAGUUAGCAAGAUGGAAGGUGGGGGAGUUGUUGUUCCAAAUCAGUCCCCUGAUCAAGGCUUCUUCCACAUGCCAAAGCUUCAGGUUCCAACAUAUCAGAAGCCAAGAGUAUUUGUUCCUUUAAAUUACCCUCCACGUCCUCCACUUGAUGGAAAUGCAAGUACAAGUGAUCCAAAGCAGCGGCCAGUGGCUGGUCCACCUGUUAUGCCGAACGCAACACAGUUGUCUGGCACAACUGUUGAUGGAAUGUUUGAUGGGAAACGGAUACGCAAAACAAUGGUCCGAAAAACAGUUGAUUACAAUACAUCUGUUGUCAAAUAUUUAGAGAAUCGUGUGUGGCAGCGAGAUGGGAGGGAUGCUAGAGCUAUACAGCCUGAUGCAUUAUAUCAGUUAGAGGUGACGCCACCAUGUGACAUGCAACAGAAGCCGAUGAACUGUCUCACUUCAAAGUUUAUGCGGCAAUCAACAAACAAGUUCAGAUGUCCUAUAUUCUGUAUAUCUUGGACUCCAGAAGGUAGAAGAUUGGUGACUGGCGCAUCAAGUGGCGAAUUUACAUUGUGGAAUGGUCUCACAUUCAGCUUUGAAACUAUUUUACAGGCUCAUGAAACAUCGGUGCGGGCAAUGGUGUGGAGUCACAAUGACCAGUGGAUGUUGACGGCAGAUCAUGCAGGCUUCAUCAAGUACUGGCAGUCCAACAUGAAUAAUGUGAAAAUGUACCAGGGACAUAAAGAACCUAUACGGUCCAUCAGUUUUUGUCCAACUGAUUCCAAGUUUGCCACAUGUUCUGACGAUGGCACUGUGAGAGUUUGGGACUUUUUACGAUGUUAUGAGGAGAAAAUAUUAAGAGGUCAUGGUGCCGAUGUGAAGUGCGUGGACUGGCAUCCACAGAAGUCAUUGAUAGCAUCUGGAAGUAAAGAUAACCAAGUACCAAUCAAACUCUGGGAUCCAAAGUCAGGACAAAGUUUAGCUACAUUACAUGCUCAUAAAUUCACUGUGAUGGACAUAAAGUGGAAUCAGAAUGGUAACUGGUUAUUAACGGCAGCUAGAGAUCAUCUUAUGAAGUUAUUUGAUAUUAGAAAUCUCAAAGAAGAACUUCAGGUGUUUAAAGGUCACAAGAAGGAAGCUACAGCUGUGGCAUGGCAUCCAAUCAAUGAGCAGAUGUUUGCCAGUGGAGGAUCGGACGGUGCAAUCAUGUUCUGGAAUGCUGGGACAGAGAAAGAGGUAGGAGCUAUUGAGGAAGCACAUGAAGCAAUCAUCUGGGACUUGGCCUGGCACCCACUUGGUCAUAUACUCACAUCUGCCUCUAACGAUCAUUCUACGAAAUUUUGGACACGUAAUCGACCAGGUGAUGCUAUGAGAGAUAAAUACAACCUGAACAUAAUGGCAUAUGGUCCUGAUGGGGAGAUUAUUGAUAUAGAUGCUGAUGUACCACUGGGGGAAAACAAAAGUUUACUGCCAGGAAUGGGACUAGAAUUUGGACUACCUCCUGAACCAGAGAUAAAACCUGAACCAGUGGAGGAGGAAUUACCAUCUAUCCCUGGUCUAGACUGGUCCUCGGAUGCUCAGUACUUUAAAGAACAACAAGCCAAAAUAGAGGACAGGCAGCCUAGGAAGAAAGCACCUUAUUCUAGACCUAUCCCGAAAAGUUUUGAACAGGCUUGGAUCACCAACCAGCAGCCUGGAACACUCAUUAAAGAUGUUGAAGGUAAAAUGAAGAGAGGUAGAAUCCAGUCAUUGCUUACACUAGACCUGCCUGCUAAACCUAGAAAAGAAGAAUUUGAUGAUAGAGGAAAUAGGCUCAUAGACCCUAAUCUAGAUCAAUCAAAUACAGAGGGAUUUAAUCCGUUACCAGACGAUCAUAAUCCUUAUCUUGAUGAUGCAGACGAUCAGUUUCCCGAUGAUCAGGAUUUCCGUGGUGACCAGGAUUUCCGCAGCGACCAGGAUUUCCGCAGUGAUCAAGAUUUCCGAGAAGAUCAGGAUAUGAGGGAUGACCAGGACUUCCGUGGUGAUAUGGACUUCAGACAGGCUGAAGGGGGUGGGGGUUAUAACGGUCCUGGUCCUGUGGGAUCAUUUGGGUCUCAAGGUGGAGGGCCUAAGGGUAGAGAUGGAGGUAGAAGAGGGGGUGGUGGUCCGAGGCAGGGCUUCCAUGGGGACAGAAGUUUUGGACAUGAAGAUAUGGAUCAUGAUAACUAUGAUCGUGAUUAUAAUUCCGGGCCAAAUAACCGACCACCUGAUGGUGGAGGACAACAGAGACAGUUCGGGCAGAAAAAUCCCCCAAGCUUAAUGGAUCUUAGUUUUAAUUCAAAUGAAUCCUCAGACUUAAAUUUGAAGGAUCACAGUCCUGGACCAAAAGGUCGGGGACGAGAAGGCCGAGGACGUGAUAGACAUGGGGAAAGAGGUGGUAGAGGGGGUCAGGAUGGUUUCAGAAACAACAGGGGGAGGGGAGGUAGUAAUAAUAAUAGAUUUGAGGAUAGAGGUGGACGAGGAAACUGGAAUGAAGAUGGAGAUGGUAGUUUUAGUGAAAAUAAUGACAGUUUUAAUGAUUCACAGGGCAGUACCAACAGUGGUGGUUAUAGAGGUGGCAGCAAACCUAGAGGUGGCAGAGGAAACUAUAGAGGUGGUGAAAGGAGAGGUGGUAGGGGUGGACAAAGGGGUAACUACAGGGGUGGCGGUGACAAUAGAGGUGGGGGAAGGGGACGAGGGCGGGGAAGGCGUUGAACAUAUUUGUAAUACCUAGAAUAAACAAGAUGUUCAACAUUAUUUUGUGUCUUCUAUAGACCAAAAAGUGCAUUAUUGAAAUCUUUUUUUAUAAGAUUGGGUAAGCCAGGCUUGACUUGUUGACAGGUAUGCCUCACGCAGCUCAAACGUGAAAAUUUUCAAUUUUGCCCAAAAAUACAACAGUGCAAAUAUUGCCCCUAUUCAUCACUACUAAAGUGGAGAAGAAGAAUUCUAGUGAAAUGUUUCAUAGUUAAAGUUACAACUGUAUGGAUCGUCUGAAAAAUUUCCAUCUCAAGACUGACAUGUCCAAAUCAUCAUACAGGCUGUCAGUUUGUCUGGAAAGAAAAGUGUCUACACACUUCAUAAGAAUAUCCAGUUUGGAUAGCUGAAGUUUUAUUCAAUUUUUGAUGUUGGGAAUAAAUACAUAAUUAUUUUCUGCACUAGGUUAGGAGUAAUUAAAUACUGAUUUAGUGCCUCGGCACCAGGGAUUGAAAGUUUGUCUCAGAGCCAUAAUUGUGUCCUUCAAGAUGAGAAGUUGUUAAAUUCUUUGAGCUGGCUCGAUUUUUAUACUUGUCCAGCUGUAAAUACUCUUAUAUUCUACUAGUAAAUUCAAGUAGAGAAGUGAAUUUUUCAGUCUUCGUGCACUUACAUUGCAAUUGUACAGAAAUCAGUUGUACAUAUAUAUGUUCAUGUAUAUAAAUAUGAUGAAUAUAGUUAACAGUGUGACCCAUUUGUAAAUUUUAAUGAAUUAUUUCCAUGUUUUGAUUUCUAUAUGACCUUUGUAUUCAGUUUAGCAGGUAAAUCUUGACACUUUUUAUGCCCCCACCAAGUGGGAGCAUAUAGCGUUGCACUUGUCCGUCCGAGUGUCCGUACGUCCGUCUGUCCGUACGUCCCGAAAUCUUGUGAACGCAACUCCUCUUAAACGGGAUGGAAGAUUUUGCUUAAACUUACAGGGAUGAACAACCUUAAUGUGUAGAUGGUAGUAAAGGAGGGAAUUUUUGCUGCGACCAAAUUUAACAGAAUUAUGGCCCUUUGUUGAUUUUUUCACUAUAUUCUAUGCAGAAAUUUUGUGAACGCAACUCCUCUUAAACCGGAUGGCAGAUUUUGCUUAAACUUCCAGGGAUGAACAACCUUAAUGUGUAGAUGGUAGUAAAGGAAGGAAUUUUUGCUGCGACCAAAUUUAAUAGAAUUAUGGCCCUUUGUUGAUUUUUUCACUAUAUACUAUGCAGAAAUUUUGUGAACGCAACUCCUCUUAAACCGGAUGGCAGAUUUUGCUUAAACUUCCAGGGAUGAACAACCUUCAUGUGUAGAUGGUAGUAAAGGAAGGAAUUUUUGCUGCGACCAAAUUUAACAGAAUUAUGGUCCUUUGUUGAUUUUUAGUUUUCAACUUGUGGCACAUGUAGUCCAAAAAAAUAUUUGACCUAGAGUCAUAAGAUUGACAGAACAGUGGCGUGUGGGGGCAUCCGUGUCCUAUGGACACAUUUCUAGCUUUAAACAAUGUUGAUACUUUGGUUUAAUAGUGAGGCGGUGGCCUAGUGGUUAAGGUGUCUGGGCCUCUCAACCUAGAGAUCAAGGGUUCGAGCCCUACUAGGGUUAUGACCAUGUUUCUUCAUAUGACACCAGUACUGGUUGGUUCCAGGAAACGACUCGAAAGUGAUUAAUAUAAGUUGCAAGAACUUGUAUAACAUUAUCGAGCUUAAAUAAAUAUGUUUAAACCAAUAGUGAGGCAAUAUUUGUACUAAAUAGCAUGUAGGAUAUAUUAAGAGAGCGCUCAAGAGUUAAAAUAUUUGUAAAAAGAUUUAUAUCAACGUUUUUCUGUUACCAAAGAAAUUCUAUUUUUCUGAUUUUUCUGCUUACUAGUACAAAUGUUCUUAAACAUGUGUAUUUUGAGAUUGUAAUGAAUUCUUUACUAUCUGAAAAAAUGGAAGUGACAUAGGCAAUGGUCAUGUUUCAAUGUUGACAGAGUUGCCUUAAAUUGCAUGUUUGAACGACUAAGUGCUAAACUAGGUCCAUAAAUAAUAAUUCUGUAAAUGCAUAUGCAAUAUUGGAUUAAAUGUGACGUGCUUUUGGUUAGUUUGAAUUUGAUAAAGUGUCGAAAGUAAGUGUGAAAUAAAGAUAUAUUUAUAGGUCCUUGUACUUUCAGAUAUAUUUAGCCAUGUCUGUAAGCAAUUUGAUUAUUAAAAGUACUGUUCAUAUUUUAUAACGAUAUGUCAAUAAAUCGGUCCUUAUUUCAUUUCGGGAGUACAUCUUAAAUAAAUCAUUUCAUUGUUUCAAAUUUAACUUUAUCAGAAAAGAAAGGCAUAUCCUAGUUAAAUUGUUGACAUCCAUUUUUUUUUCAGGUUAUCGAUUUCUUCAUUUUCUAAAUGUUUUUUUUAAUUUUUGUUUAACUGACCUUAUGUUGUAGACUUUUCCUGUUAUUCUCUGUUAAUUUAAAGGAUAUAGUUACCAGAUUCCUAAAAUUGGGUAUUAAUCAGUAAAUUGUUUGUCCACACUGCAGUGAAGUGCAGUCUGGCUUCGAGAUUAUAAAACUUGAGUUCCGUCUCCAAUUUCAGGAUUUUCAUUGGUCAAUAUACAUUCUGUACUGGUGUCUGACCAAUCAAACACUUAAGAUUUGAGUUUUAGCUAUAACCUUGGACUCAAAGUGUGAGGUUAUAAAAAAAAUUCUCGGCUCAUACUUGUUACUCUGAUUGGUCAGAAAUCGCUGGAUGUUGUGGCUGAGAUGUUUCCUCUAAUUGUUGAAACAUAAGAAUUGCAGUCACAGUUUAUCCCCACAUUAUUUGUAAGAGACAACUAAAUAGGUUCAAAUAACUGGAGUAUAUGCAUGUCUCAGCUCAAGCAGGUGGUUUUUACCCCUGGUGUAACAUAUUCAAAAUGAGAGUUUUGUUGAAAAUAUCUUCAAUGCAAGUAUGUAUACAUCAGUUACACACUUGUCAAUAAGUAUAUUACAGGACCUGUUUGAGUGUUGUAUAUUUGUAAAAUAUUUGCUUAUAUAAUAAUAACUGGUGUCUUAGACAUUGGUUAUUUGAAUGAAUGAAUCUGUACUUUUGUAUAUAAAGUAUUUGAGUAACUUGAGAAUUUGAUUCUAUUACAUGUACAUUGUUUCUCAAGAAAUCGCCGCAUGUUUUAUAUACAUUGAGAAUGAUGUAUGAUGAUGACAAUGCAGUAAAAACUUCUACUAUGA